UACAAGACAUAGAUGAUGUUGACUAGUGCGUGGCGCGGGCGCGCGUGCGUGUGUGCGCGCGCGCGUGCUAAACCCCGGAUCUUCUUCAGUCCUAAAUCCGCCUCUGGUGGAGACUUGUAUUCAGAUUAUCAGACGCAAACCGAAACUGAGCAGAGUGAGACCUCUUCAUCUUUGCCUUAUCUGUGGGGUGGACCAACAGCGACGUUUAUGUCCAGUGACGCACCUACGUCAUCCGUUGGUAGGCGGAAAAGCGGUAGUGUGUUUCGGUAUCUGCAAAAAAGGCAGAACCGGGUAUUUUUAUCCAGAGGAUCCAGACAGAAAGUCAGCGGAAAGUUUAUCGUCUAUCUGGGUAAAAUGGCGGUCCCCGCGGGUCAGACAGAUGUCCAGAUGGACCGAGGCACCCUGAGCGUCCAAACGGUCCCCGCUGAGAACAACAUUGACAUCGACGAGAAAGAGUUGGAAAAUAUCACAAAGAAACACCGAGAAAGCGACGCGACGACGCUGCCGUUGCACUCACCUUGGACGUUUUGGCUGGACAGGUCCUUACCUGGAACAACAGCUGCAGAAUGUGAAUCCAACCUGAAGAAGAUCUACACGGUGCAAACUGUGCAGAUGUUCUGGGGUGUUUAUAACAACAUCCCCCCGGUCACAGCCCUGCCUUUGAGAUGUAGCUAUCAUUUAAUGCGUGGGGAGCGAAGGCCUCUGUGGGAAGAAGAAAGUAAUGCAAAAGGUGGCGUAUGGAAGAUGAAAAUCCCAAAAGAGAGCAGUUCGACAGUGUGGAAAGAGUUAUUGCUUGCUGUGAUUGGUGAGCAGUUUGCAGAUUACUGUGCUUCAGAUGAUGAAGUCGUCGGCGUCAGUGUUAGCGUUCGAGAUCGUGAAGAUGUCGUACAGAUUUGGAAUAAAGACGCAACUCAUUCUAGUGAUUCAAAUAUCUUGGGGAAAGUCUAUGAGCUGCUCCCGUAUAUAUCGUUUAAAGCUGUUUUUUAUAAGUCUCACAUGGAACAUCAUGCCUUUGAGGGAGGACGCUCAAGACAUUAGAUUGUAACGCACUUUCUGUUGUUUUUUAACCUGAACUCUGUACCUGUCUUGACAUAAAGGCGAUGCCCACAAUCUAGUUAUUAAGGAUAUUAUUUUUGCUUUCAAUGAGAAAAUGUUAUGAAUCUAUUUUUAUAGCUUUUAAUGACUGCUGCCUUGUUUUACCUGGAAAUAGGUCCUAAUGCUCUGAACUCCUCUUGAGGAUGUGCAUCGAUGUAAAUCUCAUCCCUUCUUUAUUAGACUGUUUUAGCUCUGGCUGCCUGCUGUACUGAACUGUGCCGCCGUUGUCUGGUCUUCUGUGUAGCCUGUGAACCACUCGUUAUUCUUGCAUCGUUUGUAUUUUUUAGCUGUUUAAACAAUUUCUGCAUUCACAUUAUGAUCCAGUCAACUCAUGGUGCCAAAGCACUCUUCAGCUCUCCAACACGCUUGUGUCGAUUAUUAGUGUUUUAAUUGGCUGUGAUUGAUCCUCUUGGAUUAUCAACAUCCUCUUUUCAUUUCUCAGUCAUGCAUUAGGUGUGCGUUAAACUUUAACUAGAAAUAUUUCUCACACCUUCUCAUUUCAGUCACAGGAUUUCUCAGCCAUAAAACCAUCGUAAAGACUUGUUGUCCCCACAGCAGAUGUGACUUUAUUUUAAAGAGCUUUUUAUUUUAAAAGCCAGAAAUGUGUCUCUGGGAGUGUUUUAGCAUGUCUGUAUCGGGCUUUUAACUCUGGCUGGGAGUGGACCCUCUACCCUGCUAAACAUGGAGAAACUGCACAUUUUUAUGCUCUUUAGUACUUGUCUCUACUUGUUUCUCCGAACUGUAAAUCCACUGAUUUUAUUACAUCACUGUUCUACUGUAACCACAAAACACAAGGGAAAAACACAGUAUUACCUGCUUUAUGGGUUUUAUGCAGGCCUCGUUUCGCUUAUAUUCAGAGCAAUGAAGCUGGUUUAUGGUGGAGUUUAGGAUCAAGUUUCAGUAGCCAAAAAUACGAGAAAAAGGCAAAACGCUGACCAGUAGUAGACUGGCUUCCAUCCAUGUUGAUAAGCAUUUAUUGUUUGUCUGCUUUUACUCUGAAAAUCUAGUCUGAAAUAUCUACUAACACUAACCCACAGCUAUACUCCAAUUUAGUCAUAAACCAUUUCAAGAAGUCUGCAACACUUGUCACACCUCGUUUUGUUUAUAAUCAAGAGAAUAUUUCUUUUGUACACCAGAAUGUUGCAGUAGUAUGGACUAAGUUAAUAAAACAGCUGAAAAUA